AUGGGAGGAACAAACAGAUCAUUGCUUAUCAUAAAUAAGUCAAGCGAGGCUCAUCUCAAACUCAAGCUCUAUGUCUCAUGUGAUCCAGUCUGCUUCAUGCCGCACACAACAAAGGAAAUCAAGCCAAAUGAUAAGUUCUUUUACACCAGCGAGUGGGGGUCCAAGCUCGAGUUAGCUGCAGUGUUUAAAGAUAAAAAGCAACCAAAAAAGCUUCUCUUAAAACCGCAGCAGUGGGUUGGAAGAAAAUAUGUAAGGAUCACGGAAUCUCUAGACGUAAUUGAGGAUGAUCUUGCUAAUUAUCCAGAAGAAGAAAAAAAGGGCCGCCAAAAAAUGAACAGAGAUAAUGAGCUAGAAUUUACUGAUGGGAAACGCAAUUUUUACAGCAUCUUAGGGCUAGAUAUGGGCGAAGUUCGUGCCAUGUCGAAAGAUGAACAAGAUGAAGAAAUAGCGACAGCCUUCCUUAGGCAAAUACAAAUAUGGCACUCUAAUUUCAAUGAAGAUGGUGAUGAUGAAAUUGCCCGUGAAGUGAUGAUGGCGUACGAUGUUUUACAAGAUCGAGAGAAGCGCGCACGGUACAACAAUUUGGCUGACUAUGACAAGGGGUGGCUGGCGGGGAAACGAUUCAAAGCUGUGUUUUGGCCCGAGUGCGAGACAGUGGCUCAGCGACUAACAUGGUUGAAAAGAAUGGGUCUGCUUGCUUUAUCAGCCGGGCUUACAAUUGGAGGCAUCGUAUCGAUCGUUCUUACCGCCGGUUUCUCAUCUCCUUUGGUACUAUGCGCUGUCGCAGGAGGAUUGCACUCGUUACGCCAGACUGUUCGCAAGGAAGCAGUCGUAGAUGGGUGUGAUGUUGAAAAAUGGCUUAUGUCAACAGGGGUUGGAUAUCUUCUUGCUUUCCUUCCCGGUGGAGCAGCCAUUGCAACAGCUGUCUUGCAGACUGCAGCGAUCUCAGUGGCUGAGCUGACUGCAAUUAGAAUGGCCAUUUCUGCUGGAUGUGCAAUUGUAUCUUCUCUUGGCACCGAUGCAAAAAAAAGAUUCAUUGACGGAGAGAAAAUCACAGUGAGGCAGGCUCUCGGUCAUGCAGCUUGUCAAUGUGCUGCAGCUGUUGCAGCAACGCUUGCAGGUGGGGCUGUUGCUAAAGCUAUGCUUAAACAUAGCCCAGACACUACGCCAUCAACAGCUGAUCUCGAGAGUUUAGUUCAAGAAACUGGUGAAAGAGCUUCGUCACAUCCUGCCAAACUUCAGCAAGCUGUUAGCGAAGUUGGAGUCAAGAGUUCUUCUAUGCCUACAAAUCUGACGGGAGCUGUUAACGAAAUUGGUAUGCAUGAUUCGUCCGUAACUGAACAAGCAAGGCGUUUGUUCCAGCGCAUUCCAGCACCAUUGACCGAGGCAGUUACGAGAGCUGCGAUUGAGAAAGUUGGCGAGUUUGCUGAGAAGCACUCAAACGAUUCUCAAUUUCCAGACAAAAUUACCUCUCUACCAGAUCAAGUUGCGAUUCAAAAGGCUGUCGAGGUUUUAGUUGCUUCGAAAAAGAUAAGCUCUGAAGACAACAAUCUAGUUGGCUUAGAGAAAUCCGAAAAAUUGGUUGAAACACAUGGCAUUUUUAAACGCCAAAAUAAAACAAAACACAGAGUAUUGAGGUACAAAUCCAACGGUUGGUGGUAUAACGGAUUAUCCAAAAUGGUUGUGAGCUACAUUCUAAAUGGCAGCAGACGCUCAGAAGAGGUGAGAGGAAAUUACAAGAUAAUUAUAAUCCCUCCCCUUGCAAAGAGUAUUGAAGUGCAUUUCGAGGUAUGGCGGCCUUCCUGGGGUUUUGUUCUCAAGUACGAUCGCUUCGAAAGAUGCUGGUGCAAGCCUAGUGAGCCACACGUAUUCCACUACCCAACACCAGUAACUCGCACUUUUACCAUCGACGGUACCCUGUGGAGGGAAGCGGUGAUAAGAGUAACAGACGAACAUCACAACGAAACAAAAGAAUUAUAG